UCGCAAAAAAAUUACAAUAUAAACAUAGAUAUUUGUGUAUGCUACUGAUUCGUUAGAAAUCUUCUAUCGAAGGAAGAUACAAGUCGUCAUCCGGCUCCACGAAAAAGAUUAAAAUUGUGUAAAGUGACGUUAUCGCUCAUACAUGCAUAUCGCAGUUAAUGUUAACACUGCGGUUAAGAGAAAGAGGCAAAGAGUGGGGCCAACGAUUUCCGAGCACGUCUGAUGUCUGACAACGCGACGACAGUCCAUUUCGUAUCGGAAUGAACGGAGAUAAUGCCGCCAUUACGGAUGCGUUGAUAAUUGAUUUUGUCGGCAGUUUGUUUGCCAGUGAGUUCUUGACAAGCGGCUUGCUGCCGCAAAAUCCAUUAUUUUCGUUAAAAACGUCGCGUGCAUUUUAAAAUAAAUAUAUAUAUAUAUAAAAUAUCGCAUUAUGUUAUGGUGGUGUUGUUAUAAUACGCAGUGCGAUUUGCAGCAGUGACAUAGAUUCAGUGCAAAUAUUGUGCGAUAUGGUAGUGUCAUUCGCGUAUCAGCACAGGAAUCUAUACUGGUGUUAUUAUUCGAAUUAAAUACGGGAGCAUUGUACAGAAAGGAAUAUCGUGAACGCUAUACCAAUUCUCUGCUUUUCCAUUCCUUUCCUCAUUUUGCUUCUUGCGAACGAGCGCUCUCCACGUUUCCACCUCCAGGUGCGUCGUCCUUCGACAGUCGUGUGGCGUCAUCGCUGAAGCCAGUAUCUGUUCGACUAGUCUGACAGUGUCGUAGGAUCAACGAAGAUAACUGAUAGUGGCCAGCUGAAUCGAAUCUUCUCUUAUUUGGACUGUACGUACUUUAUUCCUGCGGAUCUUGUGCAAUCUUCAACAGCAGUGCAAUCUUCAACAGCAGUGCAAUCUUCAACAGCAGGUGGAAUCAACGAAGUGUGUCGAAAACUGCCGGGGACCAGUUCGAAUGAAGUUUUCCUUUCUGGGAAACAUUUUCCACGGUGACGGCAUCAUGUCGUCAUAGAUUGUUGGUGGAUUUAGUGUUGGCAAAGUGACCGCCGCCAGCACAAAUGAUGAUUUGUGCGAGCGCAUGGGUAUGGUGACAUUGGCACAACAGCAGCAGCCAACGCUCGACGGUCACCAGUGUCAAAAAGAUCAGGACCACGUGAACAGUGCUGUCGUGUCUGCCGAGAAUCACGCGGUCGACAAGUUUCAUGGUGAAGCUGCGCACUCGGUGAGAGAAACCGCGGUCGUCGCUCCGGGCAAUAGUAGCGUUGGAGAUUCCUCUACGCAGUGCAGUGACGUAGACGACGAUGAGGAAGAGGAGACGGACGUCGAAGAAGGCGGCAGCUGGAUCACGAAUCUGCCGGUAUCCUCGACUAUCGUCCAGCAACAUCAAGCGGUUGCCACUACGAACGGCGAUGUUGUCCUACCGAACGCCGAUCCGUCGAAUUUUGGUGACGUUUGUGUGAAAAACUCAACAAAUGUGCAUCUAGGUAACAAGACCUUCUACAAGGGUCCAGUUACCAUAAAACAGUUCGUUUACACGAAUCCCACUCCGGUCCAGGAUGCAGGUAAACUCGACGUCAACUGCGCCUCCGAAGUUAACAUCUCGGCUUUGUCGACGAGUAAGGACAAUGGAGCUGCCAAUGGACCCAUUUUUCCGCAAAACACUGAAUUAACUAAAGUGACGCAAUGGCUUUGGACAUGGAGAUGUGCGGCUUUAUCAUGCAUUCUAGCUUUAAUACUUCUAACUACUAUAGUGGUCACAUCUGUAUAUUUCAUUCAUUACCCGGACGCACCAGUCUUCCCAGAAAUUCCAGACUCGUCGCUCGAGGGUAUAAUAGUAACUUCGGUACGCUUUGUCGAGAGAAACGAAUGGGGUGCGCAGCCGCCCUCGGAGCCUCUUAAAAAAAUGAAGCUGCCAGUACCAUAUGUAAUUAUUAGUCACACCGCAACAGAGUUCUGUACCACGCAAUCAGAAUGUACAUUUCACGUGAGAUUUGCUCAGACUUUUCAUAUAGAAUCUAGAAAGUGGUCGGAUAUCGCCUACAAUUUUCUUGUCGGAGGCGACGGUCUCGCAUAUGUUGGCAGAAGCUGGGACUACGUUGGUGCUCAUGCCUUCAAUUUCAACAAUAAGAGUAUCGGUAUUUCCUUUAUUGGUACAUUCAAUUCAGUCGUACCACCGAAAACGCAAUUACACGCUGCGCAAAAAAUCAUAGAGAUCGGCGUUAAAGGCGGGAAAAUUUCACCUGACUAUAAACUGUUAGGUCACCGACAAGUGUCAAAAACUUUGAGUCCAGGAGAUGCUUUAUAUAAUGAAAUUAAAAAGUGGCCUCAUUGGUCACCUCAGCCUUAACUCGAUUGCUUGGAAAUUUAAAUUGUGAA